UGACGUUUGUCGGCGGACGGCUAAAGGAAAAGGAAACGUCGGAAAUUUAGCCAGUCCGAUGGGGUGUAACGUUAUUUUUUGACGUAGGAGCCGACGGAUUGCCUUAGUAUCGCUGGUAUGAAUGGGCUUGACGCCAGCCAAGGAUGGUGGAUAACUUUAACCAGGACCGGGAUCUGAUUUGGCUCGAAAAAGGACGACGAAGCGCGUCAACACGGGCUCGCUAGCUAACAUUCACGUCCAAGAUGGGGAAAACGAAGACUGCGUUCGCUUAAAUAGCGAAUACUUCUUGAAAUAGUUGGUUAGCAUUUUUAGUUAGAAGUUAGUAUUUUUUUAUUUUCUAUUUUUGGUUUACUAUCUGAUUUGCGUGCCUUCAGCUACCUCUUGAGUUGUACCGACACUGUUUACAUGAUGAACUGUGAGUAUCAGCAGAUCGACCCAAGCGCACUGUCGGUGUCGCCCUCGUCAGCGCAGCCGUGCGCCGAGCUGAGCGGCCGACAGCUGCGGAGGAAAUGGGAAGUGUUUCCCGGGAAGAACAGGUUCUAUUGCGACGGACGAAUCAUUCUGGCAAGACAGAGUGGCGUCCUCCCCCUGACGCUGGGCCUUAUUGUUGUCACAUGUGGCCUUUUCUUCGCAUUUGAUUGCCCUUUCCUGGUGGAGCAUCUGACCGUCUUCAUACCUGUGAUUGCUGGGGUGCUUUUUGUGUUUGUGGUAAUUUCCCUCCUGCAAACCAGCUUUACAGAUCCAGGCAUCCUACCUAGGGCCACACCAGAUGAGGCUGCUGAUGUAGAGAGGCAGAUAGAUACUUCAGGAUCGUCCACGUACCGCCCCCCGCCGCGUACCAGGGAGAUCCUUAUCAACCAGCAGGUGGUAAAGCUCAAAUACUGCUUUACCUGCAAGAUGUUCCGACCGCCUCGGACCUCCCACUGCAGUCUGUGUGACAACUGUGUCGAGCGAUUUGAUCAUCACUGCCCAUGGGUGGGGAACUGUGUGGGCAGGCGCAACUACCGCUUUUUCUACAGCUUCAUCAUCUCUCUGUCUUUUCUGACAUCUUUCAUAUUUGCCUGCGUCAUUACACACCUCACCUUGCGAUCUCAAGCAGGGAAAGGUCUUGUCCAGGCCAUUCAAGAAAGCCCUGCCAGUGUGGUGGAAUUGGUGAUUUGUUUCUUCUCCAUCUGGUCUAUCCUGGGCCUCUCAGGCUUCCAUACAUACUUGGUCGCCUCCAACCUCACAACAAAUGAAGAUAUAAAGGGGUCUUGGUCAAGUAAACGAGGUGCAGAGGACACAGGAAAUCCUUAUAGUUAUAACAGCAUUAUUACCAACUGCUGUGUGACUUUAUGUGGGCCCAUGCCCCCAAGCCUGAUUGACAGAAGAGGUUUCCUGCCUCCGGAUGAGGCACCUCCUGCUGCUUUGGCCUCAGAGAUAGAGCUGCCCCCCUUCCUGGCCAAGAAUGAAACGCACAUGUGCACUCAGAAUACCAAGGACCUUCUGGAAAUGAUGGUCUACUCCUCUGACUUACAUUGCCUAUGUCCCCCGGGCACUCCUAAAACUACUCCCGAGGGCCAGGAGGUGUCUACCACCAGAUCUCCCUCAGAGUCUUCAUUCACAGCUUGCUCAAAACACCAUUCCAGUCAGCUCAUGGCCAGUCCUUGCCCCAAAUUCAGUAGAAAAAGCAAGAGGGCCUCGCUGCACUCUAUCAACCCGGCCUUUAGGCUGGCAUCCCCCUCCCCUCCUCUUAGUCGCGCCAUCUUGGUUCUGGGAGAUCCACCUGACAUUGGCUUAGUUUCCUUGCCGUGAGCUCACUCAACAGGUCACAGGAGGACAGCGCU